UCCGAUUCUUACUUUUAAAAGGUAGCAUUGCACCAUGCGGGAGGUCGUCGCCGUCGACCAUCUCGCGUGUGUCAACGCCUAUUACACCAGCAUGCGCGUCUCGCUGCAGAGUCUCCGCGCUCCGGUCGAGCCUUAUGCCCGGGCGUCGGCGUCCAAGAAGCGCAAGCGAUCGAAAGCGGCGUCGUCGCACAACCCCGAGCCGCCGGCACCCGCGCUGCUUGCCCACUUGGAGGAGGCGCGCUUGCUUGUCCUCGACGCCGUUGUCGCCCAGGCCACGCCGCUAACGAUGUCUAUCGUCGAGCGCAUUGAGCCAAUGGUGCAGAUGCUGACCGCCUCGGAGAGCAUCGUCGCCAACGACUCGGACGACGAUGGCCUCGUCAUGCAGGACGGCCACCAGUUCCUCUUGCCGCGCCAAGCUACGUACUUUCUCGGUGACGUUCGGAAGCUCACGGCGGCAGACUUGCCGGGUCCUUUCCGCCUCGUCGUGAUCGACCCGCCGUGGGACAACAAGAGCGUCGCCCGCAAUGGCACGUACGCCACCAUGCACGAAGCCAACUUGCUUCCGCUGGCGGCAAUGCUCUCUGCGUCCAUGGACCCGGCCGGCUGCAUCGUUGCGAUCUGGGUCACCAACAAGCCGGCGUACAUGACGUUCCUCCUCGACGCGCUCCUGCCGGCGAUGCGCAUGGACUCGUCGUGCCCGCUCGCCGUCUGGACGUGGCUCAAAGUGGCGACGACGGGCGAGCCCGUGACGCCGCUCGCGUCGACACACCGGUUGCCGUUUGAGCGUCUGGUCGUGGCCGCGCGAGGCCCCGCGGCCUUUUGCGACGCCUUCCGCGCGCUGCCCGAGCAGACGCUCGUGAGUGUGCCACUGCGCCACUCGUGGAAGCCGCCGAUCGACCACCUCUUCCCGCCGAGUCUUGUGCCAUCGAACUCGCCUAAGCUCGAGCUUUUUGCCCGCGAACUUCGACCGCACUGGACCUCGGUCGGCAACGAGGUGCUCAAGUUUCAAGAUUUGCGCCUCUUCACGCUGGCCACCGACGACGACGACGACGACGAGGGUGCUCGGCGCGAUGCGGGCCUCGAGCGAGACGCCGGCGAGGACGGCGAAAGUUCGUGCACUGGUAACGCUACUAGUAGCACAAAUAGGGUUGCCACCAGCGAGGUCUAGUACCUCGAGCCAAAUGCAAAGAGUAACGUUAUGUACAAAGUUACCCACCAC